UCCUGCGGUCCUGGUCUCUGGUCUCUGGUCCUGCAGUUCUGCUCUCUGGUCUCUGGUCCUGGUCUGGGUGAGGAUGGAGGACUCUGAGACGGAGCUGGCGGUCUCUGAGCCUGACGCGCUGGGCGCCGACUUCAUCACGGUGGAGCUGGACACCCAGCCCAUCGAGUACGUGGUGAAGUGGGCCGAGGUCGGCUCCAAGUUCACCAUCUCCUGCGUGAAGACCGGCGCCGAGGAGGGCGGGCCCGGGUCCGGACCCGGUCCCGGCGGCGAGCUGAAGAUGGAGACGGACGAAGCGUUCUUCGCGCCGUACGAAGAGGUCUUCCCCUGCGAGGUCACGGAGCAGAGCGUGGAGAUCAAGACGGACUCGGACGACGAAGAAACGGAGGACGACGCCCUAGACGAUGCCGAGGUCUUGGUGGACGCCGGCGGCGGCCAGCUGGACCCGGACCCGGACUCGGAGCCCGGCGAGUUCGAGGCCGACGAGCGUCAGUACCGCUGCAGCUACUGCGGGAAGAGCUACAGCCACGCCUCGAGCCUGUACCGCCACCAGCAGACGCACAACGCCAAGAGCAUCGCCGCGCCGCCGGCGCACGCCAAACGGGCGCUGGAGCCGGCGCACCAGGAGGCCCGCUACACCUGCCCGCACUGUGGCAUGAGCUUCAAAGGAAGCAGGAUGCUGGGCAGCCACCUGCGCCUCCAUGGGAAGAGGAGGAUCCAUCCCUGUAACAUCUGUGGGAAGGAGUUCAACCACAGCUCCAGCCUGUCUCGCCACCGCCUCAUCCACAAGAAAGGGAAGAGCCUCCCCAAAGACGCCGCGCUGGGCGCCAACAUGGCCGCCCUGCGCCACUCGCUGAAGCCCGGCGCCAAGAACAAGAAGACAAAGCGGCAGCGCCAGCAGCAGCAGCAGAGGCACGUGGCCGCGGCGGCCGCCAUCGUCCAGAGCCCCGGGGGCGAUAAGUUCUACGCCUGCCCGCAGUGCGACAUGACCUUCAGGACGUCCACGCAGCUGUCCAAGCAUCAGGUGACCCAUGUGAAGCAGCUGCUGGACAGCUACACGCCGGGCAAGGAGAACCUCGCCGAGAGCUCGUCGGACCUCAAGAUCCGCCUGAAGCUCUGCUCCCGGGACAAGCCCAACUUCUACACGCUCUGCAAGAAGAACCGGCGCCGAGCAGCACGCGCCGUCAAACGCAGCUCGGCGCCGCCGCUGCCGCCGUCUGAGGACGAGGACGGUUCUGGCGCCGGCUCAGCGGGCGGCGCCGGCGCCAGAACCGGGUCAGCCGGCCGGUACUGCUGCAGCCAGUGCGGGAAACGCUUCAGCCACGCCUCGAGCCUGGCACGCCACCAGCAGACGCACAGGGCGGCCGAUGGCGGUGGCGUGCGGGGAAAGCUGCCGCAGCACCUUCACGUGAAAACCGGGCUUCCCGCCGGCGGUACCAGCGGCGCCAGAACCAAGACGUACACCUGCGGGGCCUGCAGCAAGACCUUCAUGCACUCGUCCAGCUUCUCUCGCCACAAGAAGGCCCACAUGGAGGAGGAGCAGCGCGCACGGGCCGCCAACGCCAAGCGCCGGAAGAGGGUCGUCCUGGACGAGACCGCGCCGCUGGAGUCUGACUCGGAGUGACCCGGCCCGGCUCGGCUCGGGAACGGGUUUGGACCGGUUUAUGGAUCAGCUGUGACUGGUUGAAACCGGUUUAAAGACAGAUUCUGGAGACGCUUCAUUUGGAAAAGUUCUGGACCAGUUAAGGGGACAGGUUCUGGACCAGUUAAGGGGACAGGUUCUGGACCAGUUUGGGGCCAGGUUCUGGUUCUGGUUCUGGUUCUGGGUGUGGUGAACUGGACCUGGUUGUUUCUCUGGUGUAGAUAGCUGCAGAUCGGCCGUCAGCGGUCAGAACUGAACCUUAGCUUGUUGCUCUUAAGGAUGGGAUUAGAUUUAAAGUGUUACCCCCCCUCCCUG